CGCAUGCGCGGUCGCCUUUGUGUGGGUCGAGCGGCGGCGGCGGCGGUGGCGGCGGCAGUGGCGGUCCCACUGGCAGGCGGGCGAGAGGGGAGUCCGGGCGGCGUCCGGCGUGGAAGCCGGGGGAGCACCAUGGUCAAGAAGCGGAAAGGCCGCGUGGUGAUCGACUCGGAUACAGAGGACAGCGGCAGCGACGAGAACUUGGAUCAGGAGCUCUUGUCACUGGCAAAGCGAAAGCGAAGCGACUCUGAGGAGAAGGAGCCACCAGUGACUCAGCCUGCAGCCUCCUCAGACUCCGAGACGUCUGACAGUGAUGAUGAGUGGACAUUUGGGAGCAAUAAAAAUAAGAAGAAAGGAAAGGCCAGAAAAAUAGAGAAGAAAGGAACCAUGAAGAAGCAGGCCAACAAAACUGCCUCCUCAGGCAGUUCGGACAAAGACAGUUCAGCCGAGAGCUCGGCCCCUGAGGAAGGGGAGGUCUCCGAUUCCGACAGCAACAGCUCUUCCUCCAGCUCCGACUCCGACUCCUCCUCCGAAGACGAAGAGUUCCACGAUGGCUAUGGAGAAGACCUCAUGGGUGAUGAGGCAGACCGGGCCCGUCUGGGACAGAUGACCGAGAAGGAAAGAGAGCAGGAACUGUUCAACCGGAUAGAGAAGAGAGAGGUGUUGAAAAGAAGAUUUGAAAUAAAAAAGAAACUAAAAACAGCCAAAAAGAAAGAAAAGAAAGAAAAAAAGAAAAAGCAAGAAGAGGAGCAGGAAAAGAAAAAAAUGACUCAAAUUCAAGAAUCUCAGGUAACAUCCCACAACAAGGAACGGCGUUCCAAGCGGGAUGAGAAACUAGAUAAGAAAUCUCAAGCCAUGGAGGAGCUCAAAGCAGAGCGAGAAAAGCGGAAGAACAGAACAGCUGAGCUCCUCGCCAAAAAACAGCCAUUAAAAACCAGUGAGGUGUACUCGGACGAUGAGGAGGAGGAAGAGGACGAUAAGUCCAGUGAAAAGUCUGACCGCUCAUCCCGAACCUCGUCCUCUGAUGAAGAAGAGGAGAAAGAAGAGGUCCCCCCCAAAUCACAGCCCGUCUCUUUACCGGAAGAGCUGAACCGGGUGCGAUUAUCCCGGCAUAAGCUAGAGCGUUGGUGCCACAUGCCCUUCUUCGCGAAGACGGUCACGGGCUGUUUCGUGCGGAUUGGCAUCGGAAACCACAACAGUAAACCAGUGUACCGGGUUGCUGAGAUCACAGGUGUUGUAGAAACGGCUAAAGUUUACCAGCUGGGCGGCACCAGGACGAACAAAGGGCUCCAGCUAAGGCACGGCAACGACCAGCGAGUGUUUCGCCUAGAGUUCGUCUCUAACCAGGAAUUCACGGAAAGCGAGUUCAUGAAAUGGAAAGAAGCGAUGUUCUCUGCCGGCAUGCAGCUGCCCACUCUCGAUGAAAUCAAUAAGAAGGAACUGUCCAUUAAAGAAGCUCUUAAUUAUAAAUUCAAUGACCAGGACAUUGAAGAGAUUGUAAAAGAGAAAGAAAGGUUCAGAAAAGCUCCACCCAACUAUGCUAUGAAGAAGACUCAGCUGCUAAAGGAGAAGGCCAUGGCUGAGGACCAGGGGGAUCAAGACAAGGCCAAACAGAUCCAAGACCAGCUGAAUGAGCUGGAGGAGCGGGCAGAGGCCCUGGACCGCCAGCGGACCAAGAACAUAUCCGCCAUCAGUUACAUCAACCAGCGGAACCGGGAAUGGAACAUCGUGGAGUCUGAGAAGGCCCUUGUGGCUGAAAGUCACAACAUGAAAAACCAGCAGAUGGAUCCGUUUACCCGGCGGCAGUGCAAGCCGACCAUCGUGUCUAACUCCAGAGACCCGGCUGUUCAAGCUGCCAUCUUGGCCCAGCUAAACGCAAAGUAUGGCUCCGGAGUGUUACCAGAUGCUCCCAAGGAAAUCAGCAAGGGGCAGGGGAAGGACAAAGAUUUGAAUUCUAAGUCAGCCAGCGACCUCUCCGAAGACCUGUUCAAAGUGCACGAUUUUGAUGUGAAGAUUGAUUUACAAGUUCCCAGCUCAGAGUCCAAGGCACUGGCCAUCACCUCCAAGGCUCCGCCGGCCAAGGAUGGGGCUCCCCGGCGGUCUCUGAACUUGGAAGACUACAAAAAGCGACGGGGGCUUAUCUGAGCACACCCGGCCUGCUGCUGCCGACUGCAUGCCCCACCGCGUGCCCCACUUCCUCUUUUCCUUUCUUUUGCCCUCCUUGGACUGGAGCAGCAGUGGAACUGGGAAGAGACUAAACUGCCAGUCAUCUGUACUAUAAACCAUUUGCUGUAUAGACUCUACCCCCCCCCCCCCCCCGUCUGCACCAUCUCCCACCGACCCCAAACCCCCGCCCCCAGGCCACCCCCCACGCAGACCUGGGCUCUCUGGGGCUCUCUCCAUGUCCUUAGAUUUGUGUUUGCCCUCUCCUUUGGUUCUGUUGUUUUCUUUUUUAAACCAGCGCAGUUCGUUGGCCACUCUGCACGCAUUCAGUGUUACCGAGGAGCUGGGACUCUCGCUGGCACCCCAGACCAGAGCAGACGCACUCGCUCUUCUUGGCUCUGCUGCCGGGGGUGGGGGGGAUCACGGGCCCCCAACCACUGAGCAUUCAGCACCUGACCCCUGUGGAGGGAGCCGGGGCCCGGCGUCUGCGGUCCUCCUGCCUCUCAUCUUUCUCUUCUUCCCGUCUGCGGAAAAGAGGUUUUCGAACCCAAUUUAGUUUCCAAAAAGUGUACAUUUGUGGGGAGGGAAGGGGCUCUGUUUGCGAGAGUGCGUGAGUGCCUGUGUGCGCAUGUGUGAGUCUGUGUGUGUCUGUAAGUGUGGAUUUUUUUAUCAUUUUUUAAAAAUGCAGUACUCUUUGUACCAGUCUGUCAUGGGUCUAUAGCUGUUUCAGAUUUUUUUUCAGCUGUACUUGAGCAUCUGAAACUGCAAGAAAGUAACUCAUUAAAUGUGAUUCUUCUUACUAAACAGGCCUGACUGCUGUAGCUGUGUGGCGUCCGGCCCCGCCCCUGCUCCCCCAUCCGGCUCCCCAUCAGCUCCUCCCGAGAACCCCCAUACCCUGUAGUCUGUGUCCUGGCAGCCCCGAGGCCACCCCCAGCAGGUUCCCGGGCUCCGGCCCAAGCUCCGGCUGAAUGUAGAGUGUUUCUUCCUGCUACCCCCUCCCUCACCUUGUCUCUUCAUAGUGAUCCUGUUGUGCUGUUGCGGCAAGAAUAAUGUUUUGUUUUAUUUUUAAGAGAAAAGUGUUCGACAUGACUGUGGGGAGAACCACCACAAAAAGGUUUAGGUUGCAGAUGUUUCAAAUGUGCGAUUGCGUGCGUGCAUGUGUGUGUGUGUGUGUCUACAUAUACAUACAUGUGGUGAGCAUAUAUAUUGUGCAGCUGGGGUGAAGCCAGCUAAGACGUGUGUGUGUGUGUGUGUGUGUGUGUGUGUGUGUAUGUGUAUAUGUGUGCGUCUUUAUGAAAUGUUUGAAAAGAGAUAAGCUGACUGCUUGAUAAUCAUUCUCAGGUGUAAAGCUCCAAGUGUAAAUAAAAGUGGCAUUUAACAAAUCUUUUCAGAACAAAGUACAGCUGACUAUAUAUACCUAUAACUAAGCUAAAGAAACAGUCGAGCAGCGAUUCCCAGCAGAGAGGAGGAUUCGAGACUGCUCUCUACUUCUUCACCCUGCCUUUCUGCAGGGAAGAGGGCUGAUGGGAAAUCAUGGAGUUGUAUUUAAACAUAAAAAUGGACUUGGUGACUCUUCUGGGUUUAAUAGAGCCUCGGUGUUCCUUUAACUUAGUUUACAUGGUUUUUAUUUUUAAAAAGAAACAACCACAGCAACGGAUGGUCAGCAAACAGAUUGUGACCAUAAAAUCGCUGUGACUGCCCCGAGCUCGGCAGUAGCUGGGACACAGUCAGGUUGAGCUGAGGAGCGGCCAUGGACUCAUUAAAAUCAUUCAUACUUGAACAGUCCUUGGGCCAGCGGGUUCUGAUUGUGCAAACGUGGAAUCAAAGGCGUAGACAGGGCCUGGGCUCUGGAGGAGCCCUGCGGGCGGCUGGGACCUCCGAUCAUGACGAACUGGGACAUUUUUUUUCCUUUCUGGUUUUAAAAGACAUGAAAUGCUAGAACCCAUAUAAUUGCCGGAGUCUUUCUGGUCCACCAUGUAGAUCUGUAUUUAGUUAUCUUUGGGAUUUGGUGACGUGUCGAUGACAUUAUGGCUGUGUAAUAAAAUUUUUAUUAAAACUGCA